UGUUGCUCCUACAUCCAUGUAAAAUCUCACCUAUCUCUUCGACAUUGGUUGUCGUCGGUGUCGCUCGAAGCAUCCACCAUGGGGAGCCAAGUCUUCGGUCGUUUAUUUAUGCUCAUACAGCUGCUAGUUGGCCUCACAUUGGCGCAAGUGUACGCUUCAGCGCUUGCCGCACUGGGACCGCCGAUUUCAUCCCGCGACAGGAUCUAUACCGCCGAUCAGACUUCAAACACAAUUAGUGUCAUCGAUCCAAGCAACAAUACAGUGCUAGGCACGAUCUCAUUCGGUGCCCCACGGCUUGGGAACUCCUUGAAUCCUCAGAAUGUCCUUUCAGUAAACUCACAUGGCCUCGGAUUCUCGCGAGACGGCAAGUAUAUUGUGUCUCUGAGCACUCUGUCGAAUACGGUCAAGGUCAUUAAGACUGCCGACAAUUCGGUGGUAAUGACCACCUAUGUCGACCGCGGACCACAUGAAGCAUUCUUCGCGGCAGACAAUCGCACAUUGUGGAUUGGAACUCGAGGCGUGUCCAGCGUACAAGUGGUGGAUGGCCUGAAUGGCACUACACUGUCUCGUAUUGCUACUGGAAAGGGACCCAGCAAAGUCCUAUUCAGUCCCGAUGGAGCAACCGCGUACGUCAACCAUAUCUUCGAGCCGCUAAUCGCCGUAGUGGACGUGCAAAGUCGCACUGUAAGAUACAACAUCACGGGACUGGCAAGCGCAUUCAGUUCGGACAUGAUGCUCUCUGCUGAUGGCAAAAGUCUGUGGGCUGCGCACAAGAUGACUGGUCAAGUCUCCGUCAUUGACACAACUGCGAGGAAAGUGGUUUCGAUCCUCGACACUGGUGCCGAGACAAACCAUCCAAAUUUCGUCAUCGCGAACGGAACCAUGUACGGCUGGGUGUCUGUUGGAUCCUUAAAUGCCACCAGAAUCUACCGACAGUCUGCUUCACACCUUGCCCCCGUACAUGUCAAAGACGUACGGCAAUCCGGCGUUCAACCACACGGUCUCUGGCCAAGCGCGGACAACACUCGGAUGUACAUCAUCAAUGAGCACAGCGAUACCGUUGAUGUAGUAGACACCAGCCUGAUGAAGAUCAUUGAUACAAUUGCGGUCGGCCAAGAAAGUCAAGCCCUGAUAUACGUCCCGAACGCGAUAUCCUCUGACUUGUCAUCUCAAGCACAAAGUCGCCAGAAUCUUGGUCGUCAGGGCCUGGGGAUGCGAGUUGAGAGCAAAUUGCUGCCGGUCUUUGGCGGAAACGACACAAAGCCUAACGCCAACGCGCAGGUUACCGUGAGGCAAAUCGCGGGCUUGGACAUGGUCCAAGUUAUCGGGAGGAAUCUAGUCCUGAAUCGUACCUACACUCUUUCUGCAGAGUGUGAGAGAUGUAAAGGAGCCAGGCUGCCGCUCGUCAGCUUCAAUGCGAGUAUGCCUACACCCUCAGGAUGUGGUUCGGCCCCACAAACAUUAGCUUUCCUUCGCUUUUUUGAUGUGUAUGAUAUGAGCACAGUAGAAGUCAGAGAAGGCAAAGACUAAGGCGGCGGUACGAAUUCCAAGACCGACAGGUACUCACAAUUCCCACAUAUAUGUAAUUUAAUCCAUCGACAGAGCAGAAACACGAGGAGAUCACACCCUA